UAUCGCUGCACUGCAGCGGCGAGUACCGGGUUGGUGGCGCUAUCCUGGGCUACACCGCCGGUGGCGGGGGGGCGUUUUAGGGGCGCUAUCUGGUGCUGCACUGCCCGCGCAGGGGUUGGGUUGGGUGACCUACUCCAGGCGUCACUGCCCGAGGCUGGGGGCUGAUUUGGGGCGCUAUCCCGGGAGUCAUUUCCUGUGGCGGGGGACUGGUUGAGGGCGGUAUCCGUGGCUGCACUGCCCACAGCACAGAGCGGGUUUGGGGCGUUAUCGCGGGCUGCGCUGCCCGUGGCAGGGGGCAGGCUGCCAGCACCAUCGGGUGCUGCAUGUACUAGGCACGAACGAGUUAGGGGCGCCAUCUGGGACUGCACUGCUGGUGACGGGCGGUGGAGGCGUCAGUGACAGCGGUGGUCUCCAAGAGAGGAGCGGUCCUCCUCUUCCCGGCCACCUCCUCCUGUUUUUGCCCUAGUGCGGCGGGCGCACAGCGUUUCCUGAGCGCGGCAGGGGCCCCAGCCCCGUGGUGCUUCCUGGACCCGCCUGUUCUUGCUCUGUGUUGCAGAGACCGCCUGGGACCCCCGGGCACGCAGUAGUGGACACCACGAAGCCACAGGGCCCUGUGGGUGGAGGCAUCAGGAACGGGAACAGGCACUUGUGUGGGGAGGGCUGCCUGGGUUGGAGUUUCUGCUGCUCCUGCCUCCCGAGGAGCGCAGCCAGGAUGGGUGCAGCGGUUCCUGUGGAGUGGGAAGCCCGGGCACUGUGGUGUCUGCAGUCCCCACUCCAGGCCCCAGUUCCUGGCCAGCUUGCGCUGAAAGGAGAGGCUGGACUUUGAAGUGUGGGUGAUUUUCUGGCUUUGUCUGCCCGGAUGCCCAGUGCCCUGAGAAGGAGCCACAUGCCACAUACUGGAGGCUAGAGCCUGUGGCACCAUGAUUUGCCUCCGAUGGAGGUGGCUGAAUUAGGCUUCCCAGAGACUGUGGUGUCCCAGUCCAGGAUCUGUCUAUGUGCUGUAUUGUGUGGCCACUGGGACUUUGCAGACACAAUGGUGAUAAGGGGCCUGAGCCUCAUUAGGUUAGAGGGUGUGGAAGGGCGUGACCCAGUGGGAGGUGGGAAUCUCACCAAUAAAAGGCCGUCGUGUGCCCCUUCCCCACAAGACCUGAGCUCCCAGUGGAAGCAGCUGCAGGACAGAGGAGCUUCCAGCAGAAGAGUGGACAUGGCUGCACUCUUCCAAGAAGCAAGCAGCUGUCCCGUCUGCUCAGACUAUCUAGAGAAACCAACGUCCCUGGAGUGUGGAUGCGCCGUCUGCCUCAAAUGCAUCAAUUCACUGCAGAAGGAGCCCCAUGGGGAGGAUCUACUUUGCUGUUGCUGUUCCACGGUCUCUCAGAGGAACAACCUCAGGCCCAAUCGAAAGCUAGAGAGGCUGGUUUCCCACAUCAAGGAACUGGAGCCCAAGCUGAAGAAGAUUCUGCAGAUGAACCCAAGGAUGCGGAAGUUCCAAGUGGAUAUGACCUUGGAUGCCGACACAGCCAACGACUUCCUCCUCAUUUCUGACGAUCUCAGGAGCGUCCAAAGUGGGCGCAUCAGACAGAAUCGGCAAGACCUUGCUGAGAGAUUUGACGUGUCCAUUUGUGUCCUGGGCUCCCCUCGCUUUACCUGUGGCCGCCACUACUGGGAGGUGGACGUGGGAACAAGCACAGAAUGGGACCUGGGAGUCUGCAGAGAAUCUGUUCACCGCAAAGGGAGGAUCCAGCUGACCACAGAGCGUGGAUUCUGGACUGUGAGUUUGAGGGAUGGAAGCUGCCUCUCUGCCAACACGGAGCCGCUGACUUUCCUCUUCGUAGACCGCAAGUUACAGCGAGUGGGGAUUUUUCUGGAUACGGGCAUGCAGAACGUUUCUUUUUUUGAUGCUGAAGGUGGUUCCCAUGUCUAUACAUUCAGGAGCGUCUCUGCUGAGGAGCCACUGCGCCCGCUUUUGGCUCCUUCAGUUCCACCUAAUGGUGAUCAGGGUGUCUUGAGCAUCUGUCCUGUGAUGAACUCAGGCACUACUGAUGCUCCAGUCCAUCCUGGGGAGGCCAAACAAACCCCCACUGCAAAAAAACAAAAAACAGGCUAAGAAAAUUACUUGGAUGGGUAGACUUAGGAACUCUCUACUUGGUAAAAGCAUUAUACAAAGUCACAGGAGAAAAAUAUGGGAUAUUUCUUGAUUAUACUUAAUCCAAUUUGAUUAGAUUAUAAAUUGAGUCCUAAGUAUUAAUUAUUGCCACCAUCAAACUCAUUGAGUCUUAUGGUUCACAUCUUGUUUCCUAUAGAAAUGUCUUGUAUUCUGGGAUCAAUUUCCAAAUGCUUUACUUUUUUAUUUCUGUAAGUUCAAAUUAAUGUAUUAUAGAAGUUAUGAGUUAAAUAAACAUUGGAAUAUCA